AUGCGAGUUCCAGAUGACAGCUCAAAAACCAUGGGGUUAGCUAGCAAGUUAAAGUUAGUUUUGGGUGUUCCUGCUGAAAUUACAAACAAUGUGAGUGUUCAGGAUGGUGUAACAAAUGGAUCCUCCUGUAUUAUAAAACAUUUUGAAUAUCUUGUGGAAGGAUCUCACAGAAUGUUCACAAUUGGUAAACUGAAGGGGUCAAAACCCAAACCGUACUCAAACCCUCUAAAGGUGAAAGUCUGUGGUGUUGGAACACGUAGCAGUUAUACAACAUCUGCAGGACAGAAGAAAGAGAGUGUUGUAAUAGGUGUUGCAGACAGGGACUCUGUAGUGAAAGUAAUAUUGUAUGACAUUGACAAGCUACCCAGCCUGAAAGUUUCUGACACUGUGAUGCUGACAAACUAUGUCUUCAAAUUUGACCCUGAGCCAGUUGUCGUCUUAACGAAGGUCAGUAAAAUCAUGAGAACUUCCAAUCUUGAUGUCCCUCAAAACAUCAUUGACGAAGCCAAAAGGAUUAGUCAUCCUCCACCUGCUGAAACCAUCAGCCUAAAAGCUGCCAAGAUCUCUCCGGUGAAAACAUUGAUCAGUGUUAAAGGAAGAGUCACUUCAGAGGAACUGGUGAGGACAGUUCAAGUGAAAGGGCAGGAUGUUGCUGUCCAAAACAUAAAAAUUAAGGAUGACACAGAUGAAGUGAAAGUCAGUCUCUGGAGAGAAAUGACUGCAACUUGUAGUGUAGGAAGUUUCCUCCAAAUCACAAAUGUAGUUGUCAACCACUUCCAGGAAGAAAUUUCCUUGUCAACCACUUCAAAAACACAAAUACAGAAAUGUGAAGCUCCCCCAUCCAUUUUGGUUGGCAGUGUCAUUGCAUAUGAAAAGAAUGAGUUGGGAUUUUCCCUUAUGAUUGAAGAAGGGGAAAACUUUCAGCAUCUUGAUAUACCAUUGAACUUAGUCACCAAGGCUCUUCAGUGUGAACAAAAUGCAGCUGAAACAACUCUUUCAGGAAAAAUUCCAUUUAAAUGCAGAAUCAAAACACUGAAUGGAAAUGUGGAGGACUUUUCUACUGCUUAA